GGCCCUAGCAAAUUAGGAUCGCUUGUUCUGAGGACUGUAAGGUGAUACCGCUUCUGUAUAUGGCCCUAGCUUCAUCUCUGUGUCCCAUACGACAGUUAAAAAAGCCGAGGUUCUCUGCGCUCGCUUCGUGCAUUAGCUGCGCCAGUCCCUUCAGCCUAUCUACUAGAAAGUACGAUGUCUCACGUGAUUCGGAAGAGCGGCAGCAGCUGGAGAGAGGGUCAAAUAUUACCUCGGGACCCUCUCUAAAGACAUUUCCUUCUCAUCUUCUCGCCCUUCUUCGAGAAGCGGGGAGAGGAGGAGGGAGGGAAGGAGUGGGCGGAGUGAGCCAGCAUCAGUCGACUGCAGCUCGGACUGACCUUCUGAAUUCCCUGGAGGCCACACAAAGCCAGCUGCUUUCUCCGGAGGGAAGGUCAGAGGUCACUCUCCUGAGGUCAGAGUCCAAUCUGCGGCAGGUCCUGAGUCCGUUCUACCGUGACGUGUUCACGGAGAUAUCGCGACUGGAGCACGGGAUUCAGUUCCUGGUGAACCUCCGUGCCGAUAUACUGGAGCAUACAAAGGCUAUCGGUGAUCACUCGUCGUCGUACCUCCUGUCGGAGAUGGCGGGUGACCUUCGCGACCUCUUGUCCCAGUGGUUCUCUCCCUCCCUCCUGGACAUCCAGCAGCUCACCUGGGAAAGUCCCUGUGACAUCAUGGAGAAAGUGAGUGAGUACGAGGCAGUCCAUCGCCUCCGUCAUUGGAAGGAUCUCAAACAUCGCGUCGGUCGCCAUCGGCGAUGUUUUGUCUUCACCCAUCGGUCCCUCCCCCGAGAACCUCUAGUUAUUCUUCACGUUGCCUUGACAACGGAACCCUCCUCAAACAUUAAAGCUCUACUGAACCGGUCUGUUGAGAGAAAUAGUGACUUCAGUGCUGUUACUACUGCCGUCUUCUACUCCGUAUCUCCAACUCAGAGAGGUCUCUCGGGGAUCGACUUGGGGUAUUACAUCAUCAGACGAGUUGUAGCCGAACUCCAGCGGGAGUUUCCGGGGCAACUCGCGACCUUUGUCACCCUGUCCCCGGUCCCCGGGUUCAGACGAUGGUUGGAGUCGAGAUUGCGGCAGUCGAGUCCUCUCUCAGUGGAGGGAGAGAGAGGAGGAGGAGGAGAGAGGGAGCUUCUCCAGCUGUUUCCUGAAGCUAGUGACCUCACUGAGGCACUGCAGGUUAAAUGUAUACCAGAAAUAAUUAUAAUAUGGCAUGUGUGCAGUUCGAGAGAAACAAAUCCCCUGGCUCUAUCACAGAGAGACUGGGCAGUGGAUCGAAACGGAGCACUGGCAAAUGCACUGAGAUCUCCACUCCUCUCGCUCUGUGCAAGGUACCUGGUACGGGAGAAGCGACGCAGCAAGGCCCUCGACCCUGUGGCUCACUUUCACCUGAGUGGAGGGGCCAGUGUGUGGAGACUAAACUGGCUCGCUGACCCCAGUCCCCUCGGACUGCAAAACUCUUACGGAGUCAUGUGCAACUACCGCUACCACCGUUUACCUCAGUUGAACGUUAACAGUGACCGGUAUAGGGCGACUGGUAAGGUUACUGUCUCCGACGGCGUACAAGAUCUUCUACAACAGCUAGACUGAGGAGGAUCGCUUAGUAUUUAUAUAGUACUAUUGUACGUUGAUGUAUAGGGUUGUGAUUGGGAAUUUUGUUCAUUCUUCCCGGCCGUAAUUUUAACACGUUUGUUAUUGUGACGCGCUGGGAGUACAUGCACCGGAAAGUAAAAGA